AUGGGUGAUCGCAAACGUCGCUCGACUCGGCCACAGGAGUCAUCAAAAGAAACUGAUGAAGUCGCAGAUGUAGAGUCUGAAAUCAAAUAUAAAUGCACUCACUCCUCCUUUAAAUAGGAAUAAAAUUUCUCAAUGUUUAGGUAAAUUAAUCCCCUUUGAACAAAAUUGUCUUUUUAGCUAAAAUUAUAAUUCAUAUGUGAUACUCAAUUUAAUACCGCUAAAAUUAAAAACUUAACCUAUAAAUAGUUUAAUUUAAAAUGAGGAGUUCAAAAGAAUAGUUUCUUAAACAAAAUUAGCGCUUUAAUUAAUAAAUUUAUAAAAUGUUUUUUUAUGAAAAUUUAAUAUAAUUUUUCCCAAAAAUAAAUUAAUCCUUUUAAAUUGAAACAGAUUUUUUGUUUCGAUUUCAAAAGAACGGAGUCAGCGCCUUGCUAUUAAAGACGGAUCAUCAUUUAAAUUGUGUUACCCUAUUAAUGACGUUCCAAAUUCGUCCCAAUCAUUUCCGGUUAUGUUAUUAGCUGAAGCUAACUCUAAACUUAGGUUCCAAAAUGACAGGGAAAAGAAAAUAAAGGUCUCUGAAAUUAUUGGGCCAGUUACAAUCAAAAAAGAUAUACAUAAAAUGGCCGGAGACGAGCGACCCGUCCUUCCGUGGCGGGUGUCCUUAUGUAUACCGGACAUGGUUUUUGGAUGCGGAGAACUACUCAAGGGAAGAGUUACCCUCGAGGCGAGAGGCCCAGCCCAAUUUUCCGCUGAUUUUGGGACUCAACCCGGGCAGCAGUUUUUUCGCAUUCUUUUUGCCAGUAGCGCCGAGGCCCAGACUCGGUGUCCGAAAGAGGCAGGGUGAGCUACCUGCCUAGGCUACUUGGUGGCUUAGCCCCGAAUCCCGUAAGGGGUUGAGUUCUUUCUUGGAGAUGAUCCGGGAAAGAGGGGAGGGGAAGCUAGACUUGGGGAUCUCAAGGGCACAAGUCUCUCCAGUUAAAAGGGUCCUCUCACGAGGGGAUCUGGCCAACCGGAGGCAAAGACUGGCGUAAUUCGGGGCGGAAGGCUGAGUUGGAAAUGGUGGUGCCCAGCGACAGUCGGCUGACGACUCAAUAUGGCAACCCACUAUCGAGAAACCAGGGGUUUCGGCCUGGGCUCAGAGAACCAGUGAUGGAAGUCCAUCCUUUUCGCUCGUGCCAGCACGGCUCCUCACGGAGCGCGGAGGAAUGCCACGCAUGGAAGUAGGGACUAUAAAUACACAUCUUAAACCUAACCUAACCUAACCUAACCUUACAAUGAAAAAAGAAGGCAAAAUCUUUAAGAUUACCCAAAGAGAUGUUAAUGAAUUGGAAAAAUUAAUUGGAAGUGGAAAGAAAACAGAUAAAAAAGAAGAGGAAAGUGAUCAGGAAGAAGAAAAUGAAGAAUCUGAAGAAGAAAAUGAAGAGGUGGAAGAGGAAGUAGAAGAAAAAAAGCCAGCUAAAAAAUCUCAAAAAUCAAAGCCCAAAAAAGCACCAGCGAAGGCAGUGGUGAAGACCAAGCAGACAAAUAAUAAAAAAGUCAAGGCAAAAGUUGUUGAGGAAGAGGAAGAAGAAGAGGAAGAAGAAGAAAAGGUAAAAAAGCCAGCUAACUCCCUUUAUAUAAAAAUAUGUAUUUAUAUUUGUAAAUUAGAAAGGAACUAUUAGUUUAAACUCUCGAAUUUAUGCUUAAUAUUGCAAAAUGCUUAAAUUUAAUGAAAAAUAGCUAGAGCUCUGAUUAAAAUAAAUAUUAAUUAUUUAAAAAUAAUUUCAUGUUUCUUGUUAAUAUAAUUGCCUGCAGAGUAAGAAAACAAAUAGCAAAAAAGCCAAAGCUAAACCAGUCAAGGAAGAAAAAGAGGAAGAAGAAUCAGAAGAAGAAGAAGAAGAAAAGCCAGCAAAGAAACCCGCACCCAAAGCUAAAGCUAAAAAAGAAGAGAAGAAAACUGAACAAGUUACUCCUAAAAGACCUUUAAGAGACAGAAAAGCAAAAACUCCUCAAAAACCUAUUGAAUCUGAAUCCGACGAAAGCGAAGAAGAAGAAAAGCCGAAGAAAAAAGGUGGAAAAGCUAAAAAAGCUGAAGACGAUGACUUUUCUGAAGAAGACGUUUCACCAAAGAAGCGCCCAUCUAAAGGCAAAUCUGCAGCUGUUUCCAAAAAAGCCAAGAACGAAAAAGGCACUGUUUUCAAAAAAGGUAUCUAUAAUCCAUCAGUAAAAGUUAUCGAUCACACUCAAUGGAAGCACGACCCGUCAAAUGAGCCUAUUUUUGGCAUUUCAAUUCGUUGCAACAAUAAAAAUCUUCACAGAGCCAUCAUAACUAACAAUAAAAAGCUCUUUAAAACCCUUAUGACCUCUACUGACAAAAUCAGCUCUACAAUGGAGCCAUGGGGACCAGAAUACAACAUAAGGCCUAUUGAAUUAGCAAUAAUGACCAACAAUGAAUUUUUCAUAAGGGAAUUAAUUGAAGACUUAAAGGAUCACAAAUUGCAAAGAGCCUAUGCCCCACCUUCAGCUUUAGCACUAGUUGGCACAGGCCACGUAGGAAUUGAAGCUUACGGUGUCAGAACCAGAAUUGUCCAAAUGUCAAGAGGUGGCAGAGAAGGUAACAACGCCUUUUUAGGUGACCAAACUCAAGUAAAUGAUGCCAUUCAUCAGCUGAACCAAGAAGAUUUUAUAAAGAAAAUUUUAAAAUAUCCUGCAACCCCAGACACUUUGAACCUUCUCCAUACACUUUUGCCGAAUUUUGCACAUACUUUAGGAUUGAAUAUCGCUGAAUGUGUGAGGACUGGCAAUGUUGAGCUGUCAAGACACUUGCUAGCAUGGUUUUUCAAGCAAGGCGGCUAUGGGUUUAACAACCUCCAUGAAGAAGUCCUUAAAAAAGGCAGACUUACCCCUUUCAAAAAGCCAUCAAUUACCAAAAAACCUUUAAUGAACUACACAAUUGCCCCAUUACACGUAGCGUGUAUAAAUCCUGACACAAAACACUUAGAAGAAAUACUCGACCAAUGUGAUGAUAUAGGCUACGCCGACAUGGAAGGAAGGAGACCUAUACAUUACGCUGCAGCCUGCACAGCAGCAGGGCCUAUUAAAUUACUGCUAGACCGUGGUGCAAAUCCUAAUGAUAUGGACAAGUUCAAAACCACCCCAUUAAUGGUCGCUGCCAUAAAUAAUCGCUGUGAGCCUGCAAAAGUCUUAAUAGAAAAAGGUGUCAAUAUUCAGCUAAAAGACAGAAAAGGAAUGGCUGCCAUUCAUUAUGCAGCCCAAAACGGGAAUUUAGAAGUCCUCAAACUUCUGCUCAAAAAUGGGGGAAAUCUAGACCAUCCUGGGACUGACAGAAAAACUCCAUUAAUGUUUGCGGCGAUAAAUGGUCAUUUUAACUGUGUAGAAGAGCUAUUAGACCAAGGGGCAAAACCAUUGAGAAGAGACAAAUGUAGAAGAACUGCAUUGACUUGGGCUGUGAAAAAUGGCCACGCAAGGGUUGUAAGCUUGCUAUUAGAAAGAGGAUCUGAUUAUAAUGACCCAGAUUCUUCUAAAAACUAUCCUCUUCAUUAUGCGGCUGCUUAUGGAUGGAUUGAAUGCAUUGAUCUGCUUAUACAAGCUGGAGCCAAUAUUAAUGUAGAAAAUGAUUGGAGACUGCAGCCUUUACUUGUAGCUUUGUUAAAAGGCCAAACGGGAUGUGUGGAUAGGCUUCUAAAAGAACCAGGAAUUGAUGUUAACUGUAAGGAUGCGAUCAUAAAAUAUGGCUGCAUUUUUCUGUUGACGAAAAAGCAUGGCUUGACCUAGCGAAUUUAUCUGCUAGAUAAUAAGCAAAAGCUUAAUGUAGUUCUUGGUAUCUAUCCUAAAGAAAUUGAAUUUUAUAGAAGUAUGCCAACAACCCCAGAUAGUGUAAGGUGACAGAUCCAAGCUGGCUUACUCGAGAGCUGGGAGUUUGCGAGAAUCUGAAAACCCAAAGCAAAAUGCCAGAAGUAUCUAAUACUAGUAGGUAGGAAACAUUGAAGCAAGGAUAGAAGCCCAGAGCAGAAAAUGUGGCAUUAAACCUCAAACUAAUUUAUUUAAUUCAUGUAAGGAUGAAAGUGGCAGAACUUUGCUGUCCCAAGCCAUUGAAAUGCUUUCUGUUGAAACUUUGGAGCAAAUUAAGUACCUCUUGGAUGUAAAAAACGCAGACCCUAAUAUUGGGGACAUACAAAACAUGAGACCCUUACACCACUUGUGCAACAGACCAAAACCAGUAUGCCAGAACAAUGAGCUAAAGCCUGAACAAAAAGCAGAGUGGGAAGAAAAUGCAUGGAAAUGGCAAAUCCAAGCCCUAGAGCUCAUAGUAAAUGGAGGAGCUGAUUUAAAUGCAAUAUCUAAAGACGGCCUUACACCUAUCUUUUAUGCACUCGCCAAUAACAAUAUAAGGAUUGUACAAGCACUUAUGGACAAAGGCGCAAACUUAACAAUUUCUAGCCCUGAUGGUGGCGGAGUGUUCCAUGCCAUCGCCAAUUUAGACCCUCAAUUCUUACUCCCUCUGUGAGCGAACAAAAAAAUCUUGUUGUUCGCUCACGGAGGGGGAUUAUUUUUAUUUUAAAAAAAAUUAUAUAGAAAUUUUUUUUUCUUCAAAAUUUUAAAAAAUUCCACUUCGCAAUAAUUGGUAAGCAAAUAUUAAUUUAAUUUGUAAAAUUUAUGUUUAAAAAACACGAUUUGUUUAAAAUUAACAGAAUUAGCUCGAGAUUUCAUUAUACUAAUUAUGACUUAUAUAUCAAAUUUUUUUCAUAAAAAUUUUUUCAAUUAAAAUAAUUUUUGUUCACUCACGAAAGGUGGUGGGUUUUUGGACAAAAAUAGAGAUUUUCUAAUGGUUUUAUUCGCUCAGAAGGGGGAGUUAGAUAUUUUCCACUAUUUGCUAUCAAUUCCUGACGUCGUCACUUCCUCUCUCAAUAUUCUUGACAGUGAAGGCCUUACUCCUUUCUUAAAACUCGUAAAUUUAUUUGGCUCUACUGCUCAUACCAUAAAGCAACAGAUUUGUGAAGAAGAAAAAGCAAAAAUGAUAGCAAAAAGGAUAGCUGAAAAAAAGAAAGAAAAAGAUGCAAUGGAAAUUGAUGGAGAAAAAAAUGAAGAAGAUUAGAUAAGAUUAAUUCUAGCAGGUCACUAGGGUUUAUUUUAGCCCCUACCCCUCAAUGAAUUAGCUUCGCGUUAGGUGGGCGCUAUACCUAACUCAAAUUAACUCCCUUUUUAUCUCGGUGUAGGAAAAAUAUGGUGACUUAAACAGUUUGGGAGACUCUUCCGUUCAGGUCUUGAUCCUUGGCCAAAGACUGCAUACGCUCAGCAGAGCUUGACGUAUUGUGCAGGCUAAAGAUUGCUCUAUAAGAAGUACUGAAGAAUGCUGCGCCUGGUCUAUCAUCAGUGGUCGAGAAAAAAAGGUCUAGCUCCAAAAAGCAAACCUAAAAGAACUACCGCCCAUUGUCUCCCCUGGCCUGCAUCAGUCCUCAGAUACCGAGGGCCUAGCUCCGCUUGCCAUUUUAAUAAUUUUAUGAAGAAGGAGAAGAAGGAGAAGAAGGUGAAGAAGGCGAAGAGGAAGACUAUGAUGAAAGCAACGAUGAAACUUCUAAUAGUGAAGAAGACAAGCAGCCUCCAAAUGGAAAUGCAUUCCAAGAAUACUUAGAUUCAGUGAGCGACGCAGGAGUUGACGUUGCUGAGCUUGCAAAGCUGACUGAGGAAAGAUUUAAUGUUAUUGUAGAAAAAGUGGUAAAAGUGCUUGAAGAUAUGGUCAAUCAUGGGGCAAACCAGCAUGCAACAGUUGAAAAGCUAAAAAAAUACAGAGACGACCCGAACCUUAUAUAUGCUGAAGAAAAAGAACUAGCAAGCCAAGUCAAUACUAGCCAAGGAAAUCCUGUGUUUUCUCAUAUUGAUGAGUAUGGAACCCAUAUAUACACUAACCCAGCAGAAAAAAAGGUCUUUAUAAUUGAUUUAGAUGGAACCAAAAAAUAUAUUGAAUAUGGAGAAAAAGGACAGAGAAACGCUGUGCAUUUAUUAGCAGGGAACUGCCAACUGCCAAUAUUAGAAUACCUUAUUUCUCAGUCAGUAGACCUAAACUCCAGAGAUUUCUAUGGAGACACCCCAUUACUUCUGUUUUGCAAACACCAAGACAGCCUUGACUCAGUCAAGAAGUUACUAGAAAGCAAAGCUGACCCAAACAUUUUUAAUGCUUCUAACGAAAGUCCUGUCUAUUUUGCAGUCCAUACCAAAAAUGAGUCAACAACUGACCUUCUGCUUAAAAGUGGCGCAAUAACUGAAGUUUUGACCAAAGAAGGCGAGUCUCCGCUAAAUUUAGCAGUCAAAAACAAAGAUAUGAGGAUCAUUAAAAGACUUUGUGAAGCAAAAUGCGAUAUAAAUUUCCCUGAUAUUAAAGGAAGAACUGCUCUGCAUAUAGCAUUUAAUCAGGCUGAUGUGUCAGCAGACGCAUCUUUUGAUUUAGAGUCGAUUUUAUUGAGAUUUGGAGCUGAUAUUAAUGCGGUGGAUAUUAGAAAUAGGACUCCUUUACAUUAUGCGUUCGUAAAAAUUGGGAAAUCUGAUGAUGUGGAACAAAUAGAUCCAAUCGAAACGGUUAGUUCUGCAUGCUCUAGAGCUGAAAUUAACGUAAAUAUUCAAGAUAAAUGGAAAAAGACACCUAUUCAUUAUGCAGCACAACGAGGAGCGCUGACUUCUACUAUGUUUAUGCUGACUAAAGGAGCCCAAUUAUUCUUUUUUUUAUGAAAAUUAAUUAUUUUUUUUUAUUAUUAAAAAAUCCUUGUUUAUUAUAUAGAGAAUAGAUCUUGAAGAUGAAGAUGGAAACACGGCCCUUGCUUUAGCCUUAAGAUAUGGCCACACCAAUUAUGCCAUUAUGCUUAUCCAAAAAGGCGCCGACGUCAAUAAAACAGUCAAAGUUAACCCUCCGAAAGAAAAAAAGAAUAAAAAAGUUGCAAACUACAAUCGCUAUAACUAUUACAAUUACCAACAAGAACGAAGCGUUCUUAAAGAAGGGAAAAGGAUUAGGAUUAUUAUAAGUCAGGCGUUAGCCAUAUUGGUGACGCAGUCAGGAAAUUCUACCGAUUUUAAACACCAGCCUAGUGGAGGCUUCUCCUGAAGAUGGAUGCCACUUCCGGUACUUUCUCUCCUCCUUGCGGCUUCAGUCUUGAGUUGGCGGUUUAUGGAUUUCUGCGCACUGCUACGGGCUAUUGAAGUAGCUUGAUUCCAAGCAUUAGCUACUUGGAGUCUGUCGAGUGCCGAAGUGCCUUCCUUCGGAAGCUACAGGAAAAAGACUACUCUCCUGUGGCCUGUGCCGAAAGCCCCAGUUUCUUGGUAGAGAAAUGCCCAUAGGUUAUCGAAUCCAAAGGACGUUGUUGAGCGCCUCCAUUUCCGGCCAUAAGAAAGCAGCAAAACAUAACCCGGAUACACAUCUCUUGAGCUUGAACUUAACUCUCCGCUUAAAAUCCGUAAUUCGCAGUAGCCAUAAGGUCUGGACUGUUGCGCAAUGAGGGCUUGUCGGCAAGUGUCGCCAUUUUAUUGUAUAUCUUAAAGAAGGGACUUAUUCAAUGUUCAGAGCUGCAAUAAUACAAGAAUGGCAAGGAGCUGCUUAUUUAAUGCUUUAUAAUGGCUAUCCUUAUAUGCUAGCUAUGCAAGAUGCUAUGUACGAAAUGAAAUUCCAAUUGGUCAAAACACUGCUGGCAAAGGUCGCUGAUGAUUCUGUUAUAAGACAAACUAACCAUGAGCAGCAAAACCUAUUCCAUACUCUAGCACAAAAAGGAGCUACUGCAGCCCAAGCUAUUACAAAUAUUAUCUGCGAGCAGUUUUAUGAUAGGAUGAUAGAUUUACAUGCUGUCGAUAUUUAUGGAAAAACACCGUUGCAUUAUGCAGCUGAUACAGGGUAUUAUUAUCUCUGUGAGUAUUUAUUGAAUAAAGGAGCUAAUGCAAGCUUGCCAGAUAAUAAAGGAAUAAUCCCACUUGCAUAUGCGAUUCAAGGAGAUAAAAUUAAAUCAGCGAAAAAUAUUUUAGAGACAUUUAAGCAGCAUGGAGCUUCUCUUUCAUUUAUGUUUGAAGAAGAAAACAUUCAGUUGACGCCACUUUUGCAUGCAAUUUCUAACUCUUUGUUAUUUUUUAUUUAAAAAUAAUUUUUAUUGAAAAAUUGUAAAAAAAUAGAUAAUAAUGAGGUAAGAAAUCGGCACCUGAUUUAAUUAAAACAUUACUUGAUAGCGGCUGCUCUCUUAAUGAAGCUGAUAGUUUAGGAAGAAAUGCGAUUACUUAUGCAGUUAUCAAUAAUGAUCUCAAAAUGCUUUCAGCUUUAAUUAAAGAAGGCUCUUUAGAUAUCAACCAAUGUGACAAUAGAGGAAGAAACGCUGUGUUCUAUGCAAUUCAGCCAUUUGAUUUUGCUUCAUAUGAAAAUACUGAAAUUUUAGAGCUCCUUAUAACCUCAGGAAUUGAUGUAAAAAAGCCUGACAACGACGGAAAAACUCCUUACUAUUUAGCAGCUUUACAAAAAUCAGGGAAAAUGAAAGAGGUUUUAUUCGUUUUUAAAAUAAUUAACACCUUUAGGAUUUUUAUAGAAAACCUGCUAAAUUUAUAUAAAAAAAUGCAUAGAAAAGCAUGGAGUAACUGAAGACGUCCAAAUCGAAAGAAAAUUGUCUGCAUAUGAAGCUGAUAUGGAAAUUGAUUUUAAUAAAGACGCAGAAGACUUUAUCAACGCUCAAGCUCAGCUCCAAAGAGAAGAAAUUUUUGAGAAAAAACCUGACGAAAACGCUCCUCAGAAUUAUGAAGUUGUCGACGAUUAUGAUUUAUUAAUGACCAAAGUUGAUGUCUCAUAUGGACCUUUUUCUGCUUAUUUAUUCUAUAGAAUGCAGCUAUUGCACGACUCAAAUAGAGACGUAUAUGUUCUUUUCACCAGAUGGGGAAGAAUAGGAGAAGUCGGCGCUUUCCAACAAACACCAUUUGCAAGCCGCGAAGAGGCUGAAAACGAAUUUAAGAAAAUUUUCAAGUCAAAAUCAGGAAAUGAAUGGGGUGCAAACUUCAAAAGAGUUCCAGGAAAAUAUGUAAAAAUGGAAAUUUCUUAUAAAAAAGUCAGCCACAGAGACUUUAUCACAGACUUUGACUUAGAAAAUGCCCCGGUAAGCAAUUUAAAUGAGCCUUUAGUCAAAGCAGCUAAAGCAUUUACUAAAAAUUCUUUAUACAGAGCUGUGUUAUCAAACAACCAAAUUGAUAUUGACGUCCUUAAUUUUUCUUCUCUAACAGCAGAAAAGCUAGAAGAAGCUGAAGAAAUAAUAUUUACCAUUGCAGAAUACAGCACUAAAUUAACUAAAAGCCAAGACACUAAUGCAAAUCUGAGGUAUAAACAAGAAAUUUCAGACUUAUCUAGCAGGUUUUACGAGAUUGUCCCAAGCCUCCAGUUCUUACAUUCGCCUGUGCAACCAAUUCAGAAUCAAUAUGAUGUGACUAAUAAGCUGAAUCUUAUUGAAGCGUUACGAAAUAUGGAAGUAGCCAGCAAAAUUCUGCUUGGCGCCUUAAAGAACCAAACCACCACAAAUCCAUUGGACUAUACCAUAAAGUGUCUUGAUACCAAUUUUGCAGUCUUGGAAAAAGAAAACCCUGAAUACCAAAUUAUUAAUAAAUAUAUUGCGUCUGGAGGCCAAGAUGAGCAAGAAAUCUUAUUCUAUCAUGCCAAAUAAAAAUUACUCAAUAGUUAGCCAUUAUUCUAUUUUUUUAUAAAACAAAAAAUAUUUACAAAAAUAAAAAUUUUUAUUUAUUAUGGAGAAGCAUAGGACUUUUCAAAAUUAACAGAAAAGGUGAAGCAGAAGCUAUAGCGAAAUAUGACGACGUAAGAAACAGAAAAUUGCUAUGGCACGGCACUCCUUCAUAUAACAUUAUUGGGAUUUUAAGAAGAGGGCUAAGGAUUUUGCCUCCAGAAUGUCCUAUGUAUGGAAGCAUGUUUGGGACUGGGCUUUAUUUUGCUGAUAAGUUCUGCAAAAGUCAAGGAUAUUGUUCAGGAGAAUAUGGAAUUGACGAUGGCAGCUAUUUUAUGCUUUUGUGUGAAGUUGUAGUUGGGGACUCUAUGGAGUGCUGGGAAGCUCAGCAAGUCGAAAAACUACCAAAGAAAUUCUUAUCUGCGCAAGGGAUGGGAAGGGAAAUUCCAAACCCUGAUGAAAGUAUUUAUACAAAUUUAAAUAAAUAGAAGAUUUUCGAUUAUUUAGUUUUUAUAUUAAAAUAAGUAUUGCAAAUAAUAAAUAGGUAAAUUAUUAUUGUAAAUAGUAAUAUUUGGCAAAUGGAGUAGAAAUUCCGCUUGGAGCUACGAAAAUUAGAGAACCUCCAAAAGGAAAAUACUGUCCUGUGAAUUAUAAUGAGUUUGUGGUUUACAAUGCAGAUCAGGUAAGGAUCCGCUAUUUAUUGCAUCUUAAAGCUAAAACAGCAUAA